AUGCGCAUGAAGGAUGGUAAAGGUCGUGCAAGAUCAAGUUCUUCUUCAACAAGUCCAGGUUUGGUAGAUAAACUAGGGGCCUUGACAGUUCAGGGCCAGGCAUUGAACUCAAAAGAUCUGAGAUAUGAUGGCAAAACAAGCUGGUUGGCCUUUCGUAAAAAGUUUGAAAUGUGUGCUGAUUAUAAUAUAUGGACUGAAACUGAACGCUUGCAGCGUCUUGUUUGGAGCUUAACAGGAAAAGCUGGUGAAUUUUAUGCCAUUUAUUCAGAAGUCGUGACUUUCACAUAUGCCACUUUGAAAACUCGUCUAGGUGAGCGUUUCGGAACAAGGGAGGUUAUAGAGAUGUCCAAAGUCAUGUUUCGACAAGCCUUGCAGGCACCAGAUGAGACUCUCGAAGACUGGGCAGACCGGCUACUUGAGCUCGCCACCCAUGCCUUUUAUAACCUUCCAGAGUGGCAUUUAACAGAAGAAGUUGUGCACCAUUUCUGCCAGGGAUGUACCGACAAGGAAGCUGGUAAGCAUGCCCUAACACAAAAGCCAAAGUCAUUGGAAGUGGCUAUGAACACAAUGAAGUAUUUCCAGCAUAUUUCCCAGGCCAUUGAUGGUAAGAAGGGGAAGAAACCGAGAGAAGAAGUUUCGGUUAAUGCUGUACAGAAAAGUGCAGCGGGUACGAGUAUGCUGGAGAGGAUGGAUGCUUUGACAAAGGCAGUGAAAGAAUAACAACGCCGUCAAAGACCAGCUCCUAGGGAAUAUAGGAGGCCCAGACAGGGAAUGGGUAACCUCUGCUUCAAUUGUGGGGAAGAGGGACAUUUUAAAGUUGAUUGUCCAGAGCCACAAACUGGGAAUUGGUGUAGUGAAAAUGAAAAUUAACCGGAUGUAUAGGUACUAUGUGCGUUGCACGCAAAGUACAGACACAG